AUGCCUAAGAAGGGAGGAAAGAAGAACAACAAGAAGGGCAGUAAGCCCGCCGCCGUCGCCGCCGCCGCUGUCGACAAGGUCAAGGACGUUGUCACCCCCGAUCACGAUGUCGAGGACCAGACCAAGACCGAACAGCCUGCCGUGGAAAAGACAGAGCCCGAGGCUGCUCCUGAGACUACCCCCGCGGCUGCCACCGAGACUGCCACCGAGACUCCAGCCACGACUGAGAGCGCCGAGCCAGUCAAGGCCGAGACCAAGCCUGAGGCCAAGACUGAGACCCCGGCGCCUGUCGCGACCGAGAGCAAGGCGGUGUCCGAGCUCAAGGAGUCCGUGAAGGACGAGCCGACCCCUGCGAUUGAGAAGAAGGAGUCAGUGGACGAGACCGUCGAGAAGGCGCAAGCCUCCAAGGCCGGCCAGCUUGGCGAAUUGGAAGGUGGCGACGCCGCCGGAACUACCGUCAUCCCCGAGAAGACCACCAAGGAGCCCGCGACCGGUACUUCCCUGCCCGAGCGCCCCAAGACCUCUGAAUCCGCCGCGCCUGUCGCGCCUGUCGUUGCGCCUGUCGCCGCGCCCGAGCCUAUCCCCGCCCCGAUCGCCGAGACUGAUGCCGCGCACACCAAGCGCCCGUACGAGAAGCCCAUCUUCAACAAUGAGGAGAACUUGAAGCCCACCAAGAUGCCCAAGACCGAGGCGGAGAAGCUUGUGGCCAGCGCUGCAGAGGACAAGAAGACCAUUGAGAACUUGGCUGGUGCUGGCCCUGCCUCGACUGCUGCGUUCUCCGCCCCUGAGCCCGUGCCCGUUGCCACCGAAGCCGAGAAGGUCGUCGAAGCCCCCAAGGCUGAAGCUCCCAAGGUGGAGAAGGCCGAGGCCCCUAAGGUCGUGGCUCCUGAGGUCGCAGAGAAGGUCGAAGCUCCCAAGGCUGAGGCUCCCAAGGCUGCUGAGAAGAAGCCCGAGGAGAAGAUCCCCGUUGAGACCAAGAACACCGCUCAGCCCGACAAGGCCCAAACUGCCAACCCCGACGCGGUCGCUGCCGCCAACGCCGCCAUCACUUCCUCCAAGACCGACAAGGCCCCAGUCGCUGCUGAAGAGCCCAAGAAGCCCGAGGCUGCGCUGAAGCGUGGCGAGGAGCCCCUUCCCAAGACCGAUGCUCCCAAGGAGACCGAGCCUGCGACCAAGACCGAGGACAAGGCUCAGACCUCUGAGGGGACCGAAGAGAAGGAAAAGAAGAAGAAGGAGAAGGGUGGUUUCCUCUCUUGGUUGAAGCGCAAGUUCAAAUAA